AUGGCUGGAUGGAUGGAUGGCUGGAUGGAUGGAUGGAAGUUUAUAUGAUUUAUCAGGAGUAAUAGACCUCUGGGGUGGCAGAUGCCACUCUGUGCCACCCAUGUAGCCACGCCCCUUUGUUAAUAACCACUUUGUAGCCAAUUAGCACACUUCUUUUUCUCCGGCCUUUCCUCAAACCAUUUCAUUUCCAUACUUGAUUUUAUUUGUAUCAUUUUAUUUCUGUUUUAUUCUUAUUUCUUUUUGCUCAGUCUUUUAUUGAUUGUUGUCUUUUUUUUUUUUUUUUUUACAUUUCUUAUGUCUUCUGUAAAGCACUUUGUAAUCAUUGUUAAGCUAAUAAAUAAAGCUUUACUUACUUACGCCCCUUUAAUUAUUAAUAGCACCGUAACUUUAAUAGUCCUCUAUCCAACUAAUACACGGUUUGAGGACUAAGAGAACGUAUUAUUAUUAUUAUUAUUAUUAUUAUUCCAUUCCAUUAAAAUGGAAUGCCGUGGCCUGAGGCGUUAUAAUCAGCUUCAGUGCUGAUACCAUGCUAAAGCUAAAGUAGCGCAGGCGUCUAAGUAAAGGCUGAAUCCCAAAUGGCGUCUUACUAUCUUUAUAGUGCACUACAUAGGCUGUAGAAGCCAUUAUUUCAUAGCCUCCGAAGUGAACAAUUAUAGGAGGUUCAGAGUUAUUUGGAAGUCAGUGUUGUCCGUUCUUGUUAUUUAGCGCUAUUUAGAGUUUCUUUGCAGGCUGUAUGAUCUGGCUAACGGACUAGCCUCGAAUCAAAGACGGGGACAGCGCCGGCCUGGCGAUCCGGGGCUUUUCCUGAAAUUCGAAUCCGACCACCGCGAGGGAAUGCUGGGGCGCGACGCCGUUCAGUUCCCGGUGGCUGUGGUUCUGCCGGCCGCUGGUUGCGGUGAAAGGACAGGGCUGUCGACCCCCAAACAGUUCUGCACUUUUCUCAACAGACCACUCAUCAGCUUCACCAUCGAAACUUUUGAAAGAAUCCCGUGGGUUGAAAGCAUCGUCGUUGUAGUUGCCAAGGAGAGCCAUGAGCUCAUGCUGCAAAUCAUCCAUCAGUUUCAACAUGCAAAAGUGAAAGUGGUUGAAGGGGGAACCACGAGACAUAGAUCCAUCUUCAACGGUCUUCAGGCAUUCAGCGAGAGUGCAGAGGGUCCCGUACUUCCCAGACCAAAGGUGGUCAUCAUCCACGAUGUCGUGCGUCCGUUCGUAGAGGAGGACUUUCUACUCAAAAUUACACUGGCAGCCAAAGAGCAAGGGGCUUCUGGAGCCAUCCGUCCUCUGGUGUCCACAGUGAUCGCCACUACCUCCGAAGGCUUCCUGGACCAUUCACUGGAGCGAACUAAGUACAGGGCCAGUGAAAUGCCUCAAGGAUUUCUCUAUGAUGUCAUCUAUCAGGCCUACCAACGGUGCAGCGAGUUUGACUUUGAGUUUGGCACCGAGUGCCUGCAUUUGGCCCUGCAGUACAGCGGCACCAGUGCCAAGCUCAUUGAGGGACCACCGACACUGUGGAAAGUGACGUACAAACGCGAUUUGGCUGCAGCAGAGUCAAUUAUUAAAGAGACUCUCUCGCUGUCAGCAUGCCUCAUCUCAGGAGCCAUGGCAGAAACCAUUGAGCUUUCCAACAGGCUCCAGAAAAACCUGGAAUCCAACCAUAUGGCAGUGGAUGUUAUCCCAUGCACAAAGGAAAAUAAUGAACUGCUGCUGAAGACCAGGAACUUCAUCCAGAUAUCUACCAGUGGUGCAAGUUUAUCUGAAACCGAGGAGAUGGUGAAGUUUUUUGAGGAGUCAAAGCAUGCCCUUUUGUAUCCGGUUGUUAUUGUAUGGGUUCAUUUACGUAUGUCAGAUGAGGCAUCGGAUAUCCAAACGACUGAUGAGCUGACGGCCAUCAUGGAUCUCUCCAUGAAGGUCAAGCAGGGGAAUAUUUUACUCUACAGUGUGCGAAUUAUUUACUCUAAGGUCCCUGAGCUCUGGGAGAGGUCUGUAGCAAGACUAUCAGAAAUCACAGAAUCUCUUGUGAGAGACAGAAACCCAGUUCUUACUGGACAGAUGCUACAAGCCUGAGACACCAGGGUCAACCCCCCCCCCGCCCACACACACACACACAUAUGCACAUUUGUAAUUCUCUUUGUGGGGUUUUCCAGUGACAUACGUGUUAUUGAAGCUAAACAAUGCUAUGCCUACACCUACAGUACACACAACCCCCACCUUAACCUCAGUAACCCAAAGGAAACCUUUGGCACCAGCUAAAUAUCUCCACAAUGGCAAACCUGUCACGUAUACAUUUGGUCCCCACAAAAAGAUUUUUUUUUUUUUUAAUGGCCCACACACAGCACCACCUCAGCCAUGGACUUAAUCCACUGUACAUUAUUUUAAAAAAAUGACACAUUAUAAAACCCUGAUGUGUAAGCUGUUUAAUAAAAAACAAAAAACAUUUCUAUAUUUUUAAACUACUUUUUGUCUUUUCUUGACUCUUGAUGUUUCGGCUAGAGUUUAACUAAUGAAUCACAUUAACGCAUUGUUUAUAGCUUUACGUGCUCUAUGGCUGAUCCCGGCUAAAUUGCACUUUCACAUGCUUGUGUAAUAUUCGUGACACAAACUUGUAUUUUCCUCCUGAACAGAACUGUGUAGGUGUGUCGGAUCGAGUUAUGAUCAGCGAUGUUGUUUCCCCAGGCAACCUAGACAACCCAACAACAGUGACAGAAAAGUCAGAGGGAUGAGUGUAAGGUUGCCACUAGCUUUUGUGUUCAAGUCAAAAACAGCACUAGGUGCAUUUUGGUCUGCAUCCAGCUAGAUUAAUACGCUGCCAUGAUUAGCAGAGGAAUUUAUUGAUAGCGUCACUUCAAUGCACAAGUAAUGUGGCCAGUGCUUCUUGUUUAAAAUGAACUUUUAACAGUCACAUCUAACUGCCUGCUAUUACACUGAUGGCAGGUACAGGAUAAUUAGG